UGUAACUGUUUUUACCGUCCUGGAUCACUUUUUCAUCUCUCUUUCCCCUAAGCGGUUUCUCCAUUUUCACUGUUCUUGUUCUUCAUAGCUAUGGCGAAGAAGAAGGAAGAGAUCAUCUCCAAAUCGGAAUUGAAAGACAGAGCUAAAGCAGUUCUUCAGCUUCUAUGGAAGCAAACUCCUCUUUCCAUCAAACAGGAGAAGUUCUGUGACUAUCCGUGUUUGGAGAGAUUUCUGAAAUCGAAAGGAUAUAAUGUGAAGAAAGCGGCUAAGCAACUCAGAGCUUGUCUUUCAUGGCGAGAGAAUUUCGGCAUUGAUCAUUUAAUGGCGGACGAGUUUUCGUCGGAGCUCGUGGAUGGUGUCGCAUAUGUUGCUGGUAAUGAUCAAGAUUCUAGACCGGUCAUGGUAUUCCGGUUCAAACAAUUCCAUUCACAAAAAAUGUUUAUUAGGCUGCUGGUAUUCACUUUAGAAGUUGCCAUCCAAAGCAUGUCCAAAGGUGUUGAGCAAUUUGUUCUACUUUUUGAUGCAAGCUUUUACAAAUCAGGGUCCGGUUUUAUGAAUGUAUUGGUUACAGGGUUAAAGACAAUAGGGGACUAUUAUCCUGGUCGUCUACAUAAGACCUUUCUCAUUGACCCACCCUCUUUCUUCUCUUUUCUUUGGAAGGGUGUAAGACCCUUUGUCGAUUCAACCUCAACUACUACAUUGGUAUCCUCACUUGAUUACGAAGAAGAAGAAGAAUAUGAUCAUCAUAAUAACCGAUUAGAACCAACGUCGGCCAAGAUUGGUUCAUCCUCUCGUUUCUCUUUCACCGUAUCUCAUCACUUCGAUUCCCUUCUCAAACCAUGGUACCUAACUUUAACCGACUCCAACGACAACACUACUCCCAAACUCAUCUCCCCUCUAAACGCCCGAUCACUUUCCUUUUCCUCACCCGCCGCCUCCGCCACAACAAGGUCUCGUCAAAUCGGAAAGAAUAAUCAAUCAAUUAGGGUUUAUCCGAGGACACCAAACCCUAGAACAACUUCGUCGUUUUUUCAAUCUCCGGCGGUGUUUUUCCGAGGAGGAGGAGGAGGGGAGUGUGUGGAUAAGUGUAGGGAAUCAUUCGUUCCUUAUACGAACUUGUACCGGAGACCGUACGAUGAGAUGAUUUAUAGAUCCAUGAUGAAACCGCCUUUGGGUGGGCUUAUCUCUAUCAUCCCUCCACAUCUUAGGCGUCGCCACGUGUCAUUGUCGCAACGGUUUUGAUGUCGAAUCUAGCUAGCUUGUUUGUACUAGCUACUAGACUAGUAGUUUGCUAGUCGUUUUCGUUUAAAGUUUUAUUAGGCUAAUAUUGUUAUUAAACGAAACC